UUACUUUAAUUUAAAAGCUGGAAAUUUUUCUACUACUAUUUCAUACUACUUAGCUUUUGUCUUUAUCUUCCCUCCUCCUCCUCUUCCUCUUUUCCCCAAAAAAAAAAAAAAAACUCAGUUCAUCAUCCUUUUCCCCUCAUUUCAAAUCUAGGGUUUCUUUUUUUUUCUUUCACCUUGCCUAUUUAAUGUGUUUUUUUUUGAACUUUUUUUUAAUUCAAAAUUAUUAUCUUGGUGGGUUUUUUUAGUACUAUAUGAAGCUUAAAUGUAUGAUCUUUAGAAGUUAAAAAACAUUUUUUUUUUUACAUUUCAAGAUUUCAUUUUUUUUGUGUGUUUAGCUUUUUGCUGAAGUUCUUGAAAAACCCCAUGUUAAACACUUUUGAGGAUUUUGAGAAAAAGAUUGUUUUUUUUUGCUGGUUUGAUUAGUUUUAUGUUGUGGGGUUUUGUGUUUUUGUUUGUUCUUUAUGUUCCAUUUUGAGUUGGUUGGUUGAGCUUCAAAAAGUUGCUAACUUUUUGGUGAAUUUAAGGACCAAGACUCAGUUUUUUUCUCUUGUGGAGUACAAAUUUUAGUGAGGAUUUUAGUUAAGUUGGGGUUUUGUGUUUUUAUUUGUAGUUUAUGUUCCUUUUUUAAUUGGUUUGAUUGAGCUUAAAAAAUUUACCACCUUUUAGUAAAUAGAAGUAUCAAGGCUCAGUUUUUGUUCUACUUUUGUUGUUGGGUUUUGUCUUUUGUAUUUGUUCUUUAAUGUUCCAUUUUGAGUUGGUUUAUUGAACUUAAAAAAUUUGCCACCUUUGGUUAAAUAGAAGGAUCAAGAUUCAGUUUUUGUUCAAUUUUCGUUGUUGGGUUUUAUGUUUCAUUUUGAAUUGGUUGAUUGAGCUCUAAAAAUUUAUCACCUUUUUGGUAUAUAGAAGGAUCAAGAUUCAAUUUUUUUGUGUUCUGGAGUUUGAAUUUUGGUGAGUAAAUGCAUGGAUAUAAAGGAAGGGAUGACACUAUCUGGUUCUGCUGGUUACUAUUUCAAUAGAGGGAUUAGUGGUUCUGGUGCUGGUGGUGGUAGUGGGUCUGGGACACCUACAGGGGUACCUACCCCACCUGGUUACAAGACUCUAACAAGUGCUAACAUUUCAGUUCAGACCAAUGUGGGGGGUGGUAGUGGUAGUGGUAAUGUGAACUCAGGAUACCAGGUUGAGAACCCAUCAUCCAAUUUUGGUCAUGGUGUUAACAUUAGUAUGGGUUCUAGUGUUUCACCUGGUAGUGGUCUAGUGAAAAAGAAGAGAGGUAGGCCUAGGAAAUAUGGUCCUGAUGGGACCAAUAUGUCUUUAGCAUUGUCCCCUUUGUCUAGUAACCCUCCAAGUGGGUCUAUCACUCCUGGGCCAAAGCGUAUCAGGGGCCGGCCUCCCGGAAGUGGGUGGAAGCAACAAUUAGCUAAUGUUGGUGAAUGGAUGAGUAGUUCGGCUGGACUGGCUUUUACUCCUCAUGUUAUGCAAAUUGGUGUAGGAGAGGAUGUAGCAGAGAAAUUGUUGGCAUUUGCACAGCAGAGGCCUAGGGCUUUAUGUAUCUUAUCAGCUAAUGGCACAGUUUCAGCUAUAACAUUACGUCCCCCUGCCAGUUCUGGUGCCAGUGUUACUUAUGAGGGCCGUUUUGAGAUACUAUGUCUGUCUGGUUCUUACUUGGUUGCUGAAACCGGUGGUCCACGCAAUCGUACCGGUGGUAUAAGUAUCUCAGUUUGUAGUCCUGAUGGCCAUGUAAUUGGCGGUGCUAUAGGGGGUAGGCUCAUAGCAGCCAGUCCUGUUCAGGUAGUCGUAUGCAGCUUUGUCUAUGAUCCAAAGUUAAAGAACAAACCAGAAAGCAGCAUUAAAGACGAGAAAGAGUCUACUGAAAAGUCAUCUACACCAGUUGGUGCCACACUGAAUCAAGGUCCUACUUCAGGGUCUGGUUCGGGUGUUUGGCCUCCAAGUUCCCGGCCAGAUGUAAGAAAUUCCCAGACCGAGAUUGACCUGACGCGUGGAUGACACAAUUUGGUUUGUAUAUACGUGCUGUUGUAAAUGAAAUGCGCCAGGAGAUCAGCUCAAGGAUUCAACUGUCUCUGCCUAUUAGUAGAUGAUGGACUAUUCUAACUUUGUAACAAAGUUCUCCUUUUAGGUACUGCUUAGUGGUAAGGUAGAGGAUCAUGCUUAUUUAGAAGGUUAACUUUGAUGGACCAAAUUUAUUCAGGAUAAGUGGUGGAAGUGCUUUUGGUCUCUUUUCUGUUGUAACUUUAGAAUAUUCUGAUUUUGGGGACAAAUCAACAGGCCAAAAAUGAGUUUCUUUUUGUAACAUGUCUUGAAACAUUGUUAUUUAUCUUUUUCCUUCACAAGAA